UCAGCCCUCUCUGCAGAGGCCCGCCUUCCUCCCCGUCCAGAGCCCAGGGGUUGCUGUGGCCGCAGCGUUCCGCCUCUCUCUGGGGGCCUCGCCAGGCGUGGACCUCUGAAGCUACCGACAGACAGCGUCUGGCUCUUCUGAGCUCCAGUGGGCGAGGGUCUGCAGGUUUCCUCCAGCUGGGGAGGACGCAGAGCGGAGGCGGAGGCAGAAGCACUUUCAGGCCCUAGGCCCGGCGGGCUGGGUCGGGUGAAGCGCGUCCAUCAUUCGCCAUCCAGGGCGCGCGCAGCCCUCUUGGGACCUCGCCGGCGACCCGUAGCUCGGGCACGCGCCUGUCGCAGCCCGCAGGAAGGAGGGGUCCAGCCUGAGGCCCGGCCACCAUGGAGAUCCCCUCGGCCCAGGGCUGGCGUCUGGGGCCUUGGGGGCGGCCCUGACCGCCCUCCUCCCUGCCCGGCCUGGAUCGCUGACCUGCCCCCCGCGGCAUUCGGCCACCUCUGCGUCUCCGCCCUCCCCUGGCCGCGCUGCUGCCUGGGCGCGGCGGCGGCGGCGCCCUGUUGAAUGGGCUGUGAGGGCCCAGGUUUGAAGCGCUGGAGAACACGGCCUCCAGGGGCGCAAGGCAGCAGCAGCGGUGGCGACCAAACGGGUGUUGGAGUUGGCAGCGGCCAUGGAGGGCCUGGCUGGCUAUGUAUACAAGGCGGCCAGCGAGGGCAAGGUGCUGACUCUGGCCGCCUUGCUUCUCAACCGGUCUGAAAGCGACAUCCGCUAUCUGCUUGGCUAUGUCAGCCAGCAGGGAGGGCAGCGCUCCACGCCCCUCAUCAUCGCAGCCCGCAAUGGGCACGCCAAGGUGGUGCGCUUGCUGUUAGAACAUUACCGGGUGCAGACUCAGCAGACUGGCACUGUCCGCUUCGACGGGUAUGUCAUUGAUGGUGCCACCGCUCUUUGGUGUGCAGCAGGGGCAGGACAUUUUGAAGUUGUUAAGCUUCUAGUCAGUCAUGGAGCCAACGUGAACCAUACCACAGUAACUAACUCAACCCCGCUACGGGCAGCAUGCUUUGAUGGCAGAUUGGACAUUGUGAAAUACUUGGUUGAAAAUAAUGCCAACAUCAGCAUUGCCAACAAGUAUGACAACACCUGCCUAAUGAUUGCAGCCUAUAAAGGACACACUGAUGUGGUCAGGUACCUUUUAGAACAACGUGCUGAUCCAAAUGCUAAAGCACAUUGUGGAGCCACAGCAUUGCACUUUGCAGCUGAAGCUGGGCAUAUAGAUAUUGUGAAGGAGCUGAUAAAAUGGCGUGCUGCUAUAGUAGUGAACGGCCAUGGGAUGACGCCAUUAAAAGUAGCUGCUGAAAGCUGUAAAGCUGAUGUUGUCGAACUGUUGCUCUCUCAUGCUGAUUGUGACCGAAGAAGUCGGAUUGAAGCUUUGGAGCUCUUGGGUGCUUCCUUUGCAAAUGACCGUGAGAACUAUGACAUCAUGAAGACAUACCACUAUUUAUAUUUAGCUAUGUUGGAGAGGUUUCAAGAUGGUGAUAACAUUCUUGAGAAAGAGGUUCUCCCACCAAUCCAUGCCUAUGGGAAUAGAACUGAAUGUAGAAAUCCUCAGGAACUGGAAUCCAUUCGGCAAGACAGAGAUGCUCUUCAUAUGGAAGGCCUUAUAGUUCGGGAACGGAUUUUAGGUGCCGACAACAUUGAUGUUUCCCAUCCCAUCAUUUACAGGGGAGCUGUUUAUGCAGAUAACAUGGAAUUCGAACAGUGUAUCAAGUUGUGGCUUCAUGCCCUGCACCUCAGACAGAAAGGUAACAGGAAUACCCAUAAGGAUCUUCUUCGAUUUGCCCAGGUUUUUUCACAGAUGAUACAUUUGAAUGAAACUGUGAAGGCCCCAGACAUAGAAUGUGUUUUGAGAUGCAGUGUUUUGGAAAUAGAACAAAGUAUGAACAGAGUAAAAAAUAUUCCAGAUGCUGACGUCCACAGUGCUAUGGACAAUUAUGAAUGUAAUCUCUAUACUUUUCUGUAUUUAGUGUGCAUUUCCACCAAAACGCAGUGCAGUGAAGAAGAUCAGUGCAAAAUUAACAAGCAGAUCUACAACCUGAUUCACCUUGAUCCCAGAACUCGUGAAGGUUUCACCUUGCUGCAUCUAGCUGUCAACUCGAAUACCCCAGUUGAUGAUUUCCACACCAAUGAUGUCUGCAGCUUUCCAAACGCGCUUGUCACAAAGCUCCUGCUGGACUGUGGUGCUGAGGUGAAUGCUGUGGACAAUGAAGGGAACAGUGCCCUUCACAUUAUCGUUCAGUACAACAGGCCCAUAAGUGAUUUUUUGACCUUGCACUCUAUCAUCAUUAGCCUAGUUGAAGCUGGCGCUCACACCGACAUGACAAAUAAACAGAAUAAGACUCCGCUAGACAAAAGUACAACUGGGGUAUCAGAAAUACUACUUAAAACUCAAAUGAAGAUGAGUCUCAAGUGCCUGGCCGCCCGGGCAGUUCGGGCUAAUGACAUUAACUACCAAGACCAGAUCCCCAGAACUCUUGAAGAAUUUGUUGGAUUUCAUUAAGUGACUGGAUAUGUAAAAUCAUUUAAUGUGGUGCUAAAAAGUAAAGGACUUUAAUCACAGACAAUAGAAUUAUGUGUUCAUAAAAUGUGCUUUUCUUUCCACUACCCUUCCUCCCUACUCAUCCUUCCUUAGUUUUGUAUUUGGUCUUCUUGCCUCAUGUGGUUACUGAUUUCAAAUACACUUUAAACAAAACCACAUUGUUUAGGUGUAACUAUAAUCUAAGGUGUUUGGAUAUUGGUCACUUAACUAUGUUUCUUUUUUUUAAGGAAUGAAUAUAAAAUAUUUUGUUUAUGUAACAAGGGCCCUUAUGAUUUGAAGUUGAUGUUUAAAAAAAAACUGCCUAGAAAAGUAUUUCUGUUAAGCCUGUGUCAGCAUGUUAUUCUCUGCAGCAGUUUUGAGGAUCAUGAAGAAAAACAACGAAAAGGAACAUUAAAAGUAAUGGAAUAUCUAGAUGUUCUGCACAUGCCAAACUGCUCUAGGUAGUUUUCACUCUUCCAUUAUUUAUGUGAAGAGAUCAACGCAUUAUAACGUCAGGAGGAUUUUUAAAAAUAUAACUGCAGAUUAAUCUGAAAAAUGUGCUAACUUAAUAAUAGUUACAAAUUUAUAAAGUUAAAUCCAUUGAAAUUGUUGAAUUAUGCUGGGUGGUACAUAUACAGCAGUAAAUCUUAAAGCAACUUUUCAGAGAAUAUUGAUGGACUAUUUGCCUUUGGGCUUGGACUCUAAAAUGUGUGGAAGUCUCUGUUUUAAUGUAAUUAAUCUAAAUUGCAGCAGUCUGCAUUUGACUCAGCUCACAGACAUGUAAAAAUUAUGAAUGCUGUGUUCUCUCUUAGGAAGCAAAUUGUCACAAUAUAGUUAUAUGUUCUUCUUUUGUCCCCUUCUCCCUUUCCUCUUGUGCGGUAUCUUUUAAACUUGGAAACUACUUUUCCAGAGGGCAUUAUUUGUGCCUCCCUAAGAAGGUUUUUAUGACAGAUGAAAAGGAACUGGGAUAUUUUUAAUUUUUUCACUUUAUUCAGUCUGUGACAAGUAGAAAAAUCACUAGUGUGGUAUAGGAAAUUAAAUGUUUUUGAUAAUAAAAAUAAUUCUCAAUGCCAUUUGGAAAGAUAUUUCUGCCUGAGGGCAGCAAAUUUUGGAACCACAAAAUGUCGCUUAUUCCGACAGGCUGUACAGAGGUCUUUAUGGGUUUUGUUUGUUUGUUUGUUUUGUUUUAAUGGCAACAUUGUAAACUGUCAAAAGAAUAUUCUGUGAUUAUCUUUUAAGCAUCACAGAAAUUCAAGUAAAGGGUACACACCUAUUUCUUUCAAUGUUAAAAAUGGUAAAGAAAAUAAAAUUAGCUAUAUCUGUAAUUUUCUCUCUAGUGCCAAGUGAAUGCCUUAGCUACUCAUAGUGCAUGGUACUGUAAGUGAAGACCUGCAGCUUUUUUUCUUUAAUGAAAAGCAUUAUAAUGAUGCAGCAACAUCAGAUAUAAACUAAAAAAAAAAACAACAAAAACCACUGGUAAGGUUUCAGUUAACAUUUUAUGUAUGGAUAUUGCUUUGUGAAGUGUAAGAAAAAGGUUGCAGCCGGAUCAGUAUAAAACAUAAUGACUAAGCCAAAAUCAGCACCUAGGACCUUAAAUAAAAUAGGUACCCCAUGAAAUGAAACACUCUGAAGGAUAGGAGGGAAUGGAUGGGGGUACUUUAAAAACUUCUUCCCCCAAGAACGCAAGAUAAUUUUACUGUGCUGUAGUUAUACUUCACGUGUCUUCUUGCUUCAGUUAGGAAUGUUUUGAUGGUAAAUUCUGUCAUAGUAAUAUAUUUCUGUUUUCCUAACCUGAGAUUUUUACAAGGAAGGUUUUUUAGGAUGGUCUAAAGGGAGGUAUCUGAAUGAGCCCUAAUUUGAAAAUUACUGGCCUUGAUCUUCCUGGUGUGAAUCAGGGAACUACUAUACCUUGCUCUUGGCAACUCUCAUGAAAGAGAAAAUGCUCAUCCUCCAGGUGAGUGAAUCACGCCUUUUUCACAGCUCAGAUCAGACCCUGUAUUUUUCAGACUUCAAGGCCUGUUUAUUUGACGGUCUGAGGAAUAGCUAUGAUACUUCGUAUUUACUUGGUUCCUUUUUUUUUUUUUUUUUGCGGUACGCGGGCCUCUCACUGUUGUGGCCUCUCCCGUUGCGGAGCACAGGCUCCGGACGCGCUGGCUCAGCGGCCAUGGCUCAUGGGCCCAGCCGCUCCGCGGCAUGUGGGAUCUUCCCGGACCGGAGCACGAACCCGUGUCCCCUGCAUCGGCAGGCGGACUCUCAACCACUGCGCCACCAGGGAAGCCCUUGGUUCCAUUAUUAAUGCAUAUGAUUUUUAAACAUCAAAACUUAAAAUAUCAGAUAAUGUUGCAUGUUUUAAAAACCAUUUCAUCCAUUUGGCUACCCAGGACGAGAACUAUUUUAGAUAUUACCUACUUAUAAAACGAGGAUAAUGAUUAUCUGUACAUAUUCAGACAUCAAAAUUUAAUGACACUCAGUGUUUUUGAGAAGGGAGGACUAAAUGCUGGAGAGAGUAAAACUGCUGAUUGAAAUGCUGACAAAGCUGGAGAAAAAAUCUGAAGACAGUGGAAUGGACUAUGAACUUUGCUAAUGGUAACCGAGAUUUUUUUUUUUUAAACUAUGGUAUAGCAGUACAUUGUGCACUAUAUUGCUAAGGAUCUAAUUCUGUCUUGUAAAACGAAUCCAAAUAUGUAUUGUGAAACACCUGUAUAAAACCAUUCUUGAAACAAGUGAUUACAUGCCUGUUUUUUUUUUUUUGGUAGAAUUAUUUUAAAAUCUGUUUAGCCAAACCCUUCCCAAACUUAAGUUUUGUUUUGUUUUGUUUUUUUAAGAAAAUAAAUAAGAAAGGUGAUAGUUCUGUAUCUCAGCUCUCUGAGAACUCUGGGCUGUUGCCAUUUUUUAGCCACUUUUGUCAUUUUGUGUUUAUUAUUGGUAGAAUUAUGCUUUAGAUUGUAUGUCUUCCUUGAUAACAUUACAAAUUCAAUCAAAACUUCUUGGUCUUGCUCAGUAAUUGUCAUAUAAAUUUAGUUAACUAGAGGCCCAAGUGGAUGAAUGCCUGGGCAAACCAUGUGAACCCUUGGGUGGGUUUUGCACUUAAGAGUUGGUAAAAUUGAACUCUUGAGUUUAGGUAACUAUUUAAGUCAAGGAAUGGGCAGCAAAUCCAUCCUUCAACUGAUCAGAAAGGAAAUUUUGACAUAAGAACUCUGACACAACAUUGUUUUCAGUCUACCCCGGAUUGCUCUCUAGUAGGCCACAGUCCAGCUACCUUAAGGUUCUUUGCUGUGGGCACUUCAAACAAACAAACCAAAAAGCAAACUUUGGUCUUGCUUGUUUCUGGGAAGGGUUUUACUGCAUUACCCUGAUCAUUGAUUAAUAACUGUAAUCAUGAGAAACUUGGGCAUGAUAGCACUGUUUGAAGUAAAAUGUGAUGUGGGGGCAGCAGCUCCGUGAGUGUCAGCUCUGCAUUUGGCAAGUGGUUUUGAAAAGCAGAAUCCCAAGGGACCAGUACCCUGUCACUAGUCUCCAUCUCAGUUGAGGCAGCUACUUGAGGAAUAAGGCCACUUUAGAUUAUUCAAGCAGAAGCAUUUCUUUCUGGGGGAAUGGGGCAGGGUGAGGAAUGAGUUGCUGGACCUUGGAUUAGUUUGCUGGUUUUAGAAGCAGCCAGUGAUGGAACUAGACAGUAGAUGGAUAAAAGUAUAAAGGACUUGCUUUUAUGGUAGGUUUUCUGUGCUUUUAUGGUAAAAUGUCUUAAAUGUUCCUUUUCAGGCUAGCCAGAUGUAUCAGUGUACAGAUGACUAUUCCGUUUCCCUCACUGACUAUAACCUUAAAAUGGGUUAAAGAAAACAAACCUCUGCCUUUUGCUCUAUGAAAAGUUAUUGGUCCAUAAGAUUUUAAGCUGUGUGUUGACUCCGACUCUGAAAAUGCACAGCCCUGCUCUGGAUACCUUCUCUGGAAAGUAGAGAGCUCCUAAUGUGUAUGGCACAUUGCCGAGCUCUCUCAUACAUUCCUGGCAGAUUUGCCCAAAUCUUCAGGUGGGCUGCGUUGUACAGUACCUUCUCCAAAUAUGGGAUCUGAAAUAAAUACUACAUGGAUAGUGGUGAUAUAUUAAUUUUUAAAACUGUAAAGUAAAUGUGGUCUCUAGUCCUAGGUUUGUGGUGUGUUCAUUUGUGUUAACAUAUAGGAAAGGGACACCGACUUGAUGGUUAUGGGGAGUGUACCUUGAUGUGUGUGCAGGGGUGAGAAGUGCUAAAUUGUUAACAGCUUUUCAUUUAGGGGUGAGUCAUGUGGUGAGUGGCCUAAUCAGAAAAAUGAAGGAGCAAAGAUGUAAGCUUCAUCCAAGCGAUGCACAAGGUUUUGUAACUUUUUUUUUAUCAGGUGUUGUAAAAUUUGUGCAUGGCCUUUUUUUGUUGUUGUUGCUUAGUAACUGGUAGAGGAGAAAAGAUGAGGGAAAAUAACCUCAGCUUUGCUAACCAAUCAAGUAUACAGCUGGGGAGUAAACUCUGACUGGCUUAACGUGUUGAAAGAUCCUAUCCUUUAUAAUAUUCACCCCAUCCUGCAAUCUUCCACGUAGAGGAAUUACAUUGUUGUAUUCUAGUAAUUCACUGUGAUUUGUAACAAACCAGUGAUGUCAUUCUAUUGUGCACUUUUGUCAAACCAUUUACAUGACUUUAAUAAACAUAGUGAACUUGCUGACUGCA